AUGGAUGAAGAGUACGACGUCAUCAUUUUGGGAACCGGUCUCAAGGAAUGCAUUCUCAGUGGUCUUCUCUCCGUCGAUGGCCUCAAGGUUCUUCACAUGGAUAGAAAUGACUAUUACGGAGGAGAAUCCACCUCGCUCAAUCUUAUUCAGCUUUGGAAGAAAUUCAGAGGAGAUGAUAAACCUCCUCCACAUUUGGGUUCUAGCAAAGACUAUAAUAUUGACAUGAACCCUAAGUUCAUUAUGGCUAAUGGCAUGUUAGUGAGGGUUCUCAUUCAUACUGAUGUCACCAAGUAUCUCUAUUUUAAAGCUGUGGAUGGAAGUUUUGUCUUUAACAAAGCAAAGGUUCACAAAGUACCUUCAAAUGAUAUGGAGGCCUUGAAAUCUCCACUUAUGGGGAUAUUUGAAAAACGACGUGCGCGCAAGUUUUUCAUUUAUGUUCAAGAUUAUAAUGAGAGUGAUCCUAAAACUCAUGAGGGGCUGGACUUGACAAGAGUGACUACUAAGGACAUGAUAGCAAAAUUUGGCCUUGAUGAUAACACUGUGGAUUUCAUUGGUCAUGCUUUGGCGCUUCAUAGAGAUGAUCGCUACUUGAGUGAGCUAGCUCUGGACACUGUGAAGAGAAUGAAAUUAUAUGCAGAGUCUCUUGCACGAUUUCAAGGGGGAUCACCCUACAUAUACCCUUUGUAUGGUUUAGGAGAGCUCCCCCAGGCAUUUGCAAGGCUUAGUGCUGUUUAUGGUGGUACAUAUAUGUUGAACAAACCUGAAUGCAAGGUAGAAUUUGAUGCUGAAGGAAAGGUUAUUGGUGUCACAUCUGAAGGGGAAACUGCCAAGUGCAAGAAAGUUGUUUGUGAUCCAUCAUAUUUGCCUGGCAAGGUGAGGAAGGUUGGAAAGGUUGCAAGAGCAAUAACCAUCAUGAGCCAUCCGAUCCCCAGCACCAAUGACUCCCAAUCAGUGCAAGUUAUUCUCCCACAGAAGCAGUUGGGUCGAAAGUCAGACAUAUAUGAACCAGUCAAUGAACCCACUCUAGACAACUGCUUUGUAUCAACCAGUUAUGAUGCUACCACACACUUUGAGUCAACAGUAGUGGAUGUCCUCAACAUGUAUACAUUGAUAACCGGCAAGGUUCUCGACCUCUCUGUGAAUCUUAGUGCCGCCAGCGCCGCAGAAGAGUAA